GGGGAUGGUAGGGGCGGAGCCUGCGCUCCCCUGCCUCGAUACUAUUGGCCACGCCCUCCGCCACCCGGCAGUAGUUGCGGAGGUCAGCCCCGCCUCUUCCUCUUUCCCUCCAAGAAGGCGGCGGCGGUGGGUUGUACAGCAAUGGCCAAGAUUAAGGCUCGAGACCUUCGCGGCAAGAAGAAGGAGGAGCUGCUGAAACAACUGGAGGACCUGAAGGUGGAGCUUUCCCAGCUGCGCGUCGCUAAAGUGACAGGCGGCGCGGCUUCCAAGCUUUCCAAGAUCCGAGUUGUACGCAAAUCCAUUGCUCGUGUUCUCACCGUCAUUAACCAGACUCAGAAAGAGAACCUCAGGAAAUUCUAUAAGGGCAAGAAGUACAAACCCCUGGAUCUGCGGCCCAAGAAAACGCGUGCCAUGCGCCGCCGACUCAACAAGCACGAAGAGAACCUGAAGACCAAGAAGCAGCAGCGGAAGGAGCGGCUGUACCCACUGCGGAAGUACGCGGUCAAGGCCUGAGCAUCCGGGCGUCAAUAAAACAAACAAACUGGCUGA